AUACAUUUCUAAAAUUAUCAUAUAAAUUAAUUUUGUAGUUCAUAGUAUAACAUGGAUAAUGAGAUAUGCAGAGGAAACUGUACAUAUUAUUUGAAUAGAAGAAAUUAUUCUUUAAAAUUACUUAAAUAAUUGUGUUGGGAUAUAUAGGUUUCUUCAAUAAUGACACGCGUCAAAAACCUAUUGCUAAUUACGUAAUAAUUAAUCUCAGUGAAAAAACUAUUUAAAAUAAGAGCAUAUUCAGAUCAAAUAUUUAAUGGUAAGGGCAUAUAUAUGAGAGAUAAAGUACAUCAAUGGAGGAUCAAAUUUCUUAAUUACGCAUACUUUGAUGGCAUAUUUAGACCUUUGUCGUAAUAUUUUCAGAAUUAUUACGUGUAAAACUAAAAAGGAAAAAUUACUUAAUACCAUAACUUAACUUAUCUAAACUCUUUAAAAUUUCUACUCUUUUAAUUGAUUACUAAAAUUCCUAAUUUAUAUUCUUUUUUAAAAAUUUCAGAUACAUCACUCUCACCCUAAAAAUUUGAAUACAUUAUUUGUUUCGUUAAAAUUUAGCCGAAAAAUCUUCUCUCCACCAAUUUAAUACCCAUUAAUAUCUAACAUUCUUCUUUUUUUUAAAAUUUUUUAGUAAACAAACGACUCUUCACAAAAAAUCCAACCUCCAUCUCUACCCUUCAUUUUCUCUUUGUUUUCUCUUUUCUUUGCUUCAAUUCAGUUCGAUUGAAUUUCUAUCAAAAAACGUCAUAAUCAAUAAAAGAGAAAUUAAGCGGCGGAGCUAGAAGUUCGUCACCGUCAAAUAAUAUUGUCAGAAAAUAGCUCUCCGAAUGACACACAUGACCAUCCCUAAACAAGGUACAAUAGUGACGUAUAUGACUGAGAUUUAACGUCCUGAUACAUAAAUAUUUAUGUAUCAGAAGAAGCAAAAAAAUGAAUGUUCCGACUAAAGAAAGCAAAGGCCUUGAAGAUACAUCAAGAGAUUUUUUUAAGAAGAUAAUAAAAUUAUGUAUCGAAAGACGCAAGUGCUUCAAAACGAAAAGAUGUUGAAGUUACAACAAGAGAACCUCUUUGAUAAUAUUUGUUUGUAUCGAAAUAAAAUACUCAAAGAUAUAUUAAUAAUGUUAUAAGAUGCAAUUUAUUUUAUGUCAGACCUAUGUGUAAGAUACAUUUAAGAAUUGAUUCUAUAUAUUAUUUUUUGCUUGUAAAUGAUGUGUCUUAGCUAAUAGUUGUAAAAUGUAAUGUAUCUCAAAUAUUAUAAUCUACAGAUAUAUUUAUGAACAAAUUGAUACAUUAAUUAAUGAGUAACCAAGUAGUAACAUAAAAUUUUUAUUAUAAUGUAUCUCAAUGCAGGGUAUGAAGCAUGUUUCGAAGAUACUCAUUAUGUAUUAUCAAAAAAAAUAGAGAUGCAAAAAACAAAGAAGAGAGAGAAGCUUGUUUCUGCUUGAAGAAUGAGGAUUCGUUUUUUAAAUUUUAAAAUUUGAGCUGAUUACGUUAUUUUUGGAUUGUGAGAAUACAAUACAACCUCCACAAAUAUUUUGUUUUGUUAUUUUUUCCUUUUUAAUGCGAUUAAUUUCUUGUUAGGAUGUAUUUGUUAGUAUGUGUAUCGAUUGUCAAAUUAUGUAUUCGAAAUAUCAAAAUCAAGAAUUUUAUGUAAUUUGUUAAAAUAAUGAAUAAAGAGUAAUUAGGGAUAAACUUGUUGAGAUUUAUAUAAGUUUUACUAAUAAAAAUUUCUUGCAUGAUUUAACAUAAAGAAAAGUGUAAUGGACCACAAAACCAAUUAACCAUAAUGUGUAUACACACACAUAUUUUAGAUAUAGUGAAUUCAACAAUAAGUAAACAAUAUUAAGUAUUUGUGAUGUUAUUGGGAGUUUUCCUUUACAUAUUUUUCUCCUUUCUUCUCCUAUACACAGCCACAGGAGUUAAGAAGAAAGGAAGUGUACACCAGUGGCAUGAUAUUAUGCAAGCAACACUUAAAUUAAAGAAAAAAAAUAUUAAUCCAAUGUAGGACACUCUCCAUUUUCGACUAUAUAUAGUCCACUCCAUUGAAAAAAUAGUUUUGAAAAUUCAGCAUAUAUUAAUAAAGACAAAUCAAUCAGCAUGACCAACAAAUAUUCUAACUUCCCCACUCAGUUUAGAUCAUAUAGUCUAUCAGUUAUAAACCCUAGCUAGCAUUUCAUUCUUCAGUUUCUUAGCUUUCAACUAAUUCUUCACUUGUUUUCCUUUCAGUAGUUAGUAAUACACAAAAGUGAAUGAAUCCUAUAUAGCUCUUUUUGAAGAAUUUUUUUUAUUUUUUUUUAAAAAAUGAAUCGAAUUAGACAUGGAAAGAGGGCAUAUGAAUCGGAGGAGGAAAAAGAUAGUAAUAACCACAUGUACUCAGCAGCGCGAUCUGAACAUGAUAUGUCUACUAUGGUUGCUGCCCUCUCUCAAGUUAUGGGCAACAAAAGUACUAAUACAAAUUCAUCUUCUUCAUCAGCUUCCUCCUCCGUGCAUCAUACGCCAUUAACCCUAGCGCAUCAAUCGUCAUCUACUACUACUGCAGCUAUGCAAAGCCAACCUCAGCUCAAUCAACAACAAGGGAAUGAAAGAAGAAGACAGUAUAGAGGUGUGAGGCAAAGGCCAUGGGGAAAAUGGGCAGCCGAAAUCCGUGACCCAAAAAAGGCAGCUAGAGUAUGGCUUGGUACUUUUCACACUGCUGAAGAUGCUGCUGUUGCAUAUGAUGAAGCUGCACUUAAAUUUAAAGGAAACAAAGCUAAACUCAAUUUCCCUGAAAGAGUUCAAUGCAAAACUGAUCAAUUUGGGACUACAUACCUGAUCACUGCUAGUCACCAACAACACCAAUUUCCAGCCAGUAAUUUUCUCUCAAAUUAUAACUCUCAAUUUGGCAGUAAUGAUAACAAUGCUGAUGAUUUGAACUUUGGCGUAGCGCCGAGUUUUUAUCACCCUUCUGCAGCAGGAUUCAACCCUAACGCACUGACUUCUGUCGAACCUUCGGAAUCAUCAUCGCUGACAUCUUUGAUACAACAAGUAUCUCAUGUGGAACAAGAACCAAGGUAUAUUAAUCACCAGCAAGAAGAUGAAAAUGUUCUCAGAUUUUCAUCUUAUUUUGGAACUUGUUCAAGUUCAGGUCCUACUGAAAGUAGUUUGGAGGAGUUUGGAGAUCCAAAAUAAUUAAUUUUUUCGACCAACAUGAAGGUAUACAAUUUCUUGAGGAUAUAUGCCUUUUACGUACUAAUUUAUUAAGUUUUUUGUUUUAAAUAAAUGUGUCUUUAAUUUCUUUCUUGUUUGUCAUGAAAUUAAUUAAAAGCACUACUUAAUUGGUUUGGUUAAUAAACUCAAUUGAACAGGAACUGUAUGUACCUUAUGAAAAUAAAUUAAUGUCAUGUUGUUAAA